UCCAUAUCAUGUGAUUCAGGUGUUCCAAUUCCCUCCAUAUCAUGUGAUUCAGGUGUUCCAAUCCCCUCCAUAGCAUAUGAUUCAGGUGUUCCAAUCCCCUCCCAAUCAUGUGAUUCAGGUGUUCCAAUCCCCUCCAAUCAUGUGAUUCAGGUGAUCCAAUCCCCUCCAUAUCAUGUGAUUCAGGUGUUCCAAUCCCCUCCCAAUCAUGUGAUUCAGGUGUUCCAAUCCUCUCCAUGUCAUGUGAUUCAGGUGUUCCAAUCCCCUCCAUAUCAUGUGAUUCAGGUGUUCCAAUCCCCUCCCAAUCAUGUGAUUCAGGUGCUCCAAUCCCCUCCAUAUCAUGUGAUUCAGGUGUUCCAAUCCCCUCCAUAUCAUGUGAUUCAGGUGUUCCAAUCC